UGUAACUAUCCCACUUGGAGAUAUUUACUAGAGGUCUGGUGACAAUUCAGACAGUUAAAAUAAACGGACAUUCUCAGCUUGUCACUGUGCAAAGCUAACAUAAUUCGUGGAUGCUAUGGCAGCCGUUGAUAGUUUUCACCUAUUGUAUAGGGAAAUGUAUAGGGAAAUUGCGAGAUCAUGCGAUUGCUAUGUUGAAACGUUAGCAGUAGUUGGAGCACUUUACACGGCCACUAAAGCUAUUGUCUUUAUCCGUGACUGCUGCUGCCUGCUAAGGCAUCAUUUCAUACCCCGCCUGGUGCACCACAGAGAUCUCGUGCAACAGUAUGGUCAAUGGGCCAUCGUUUGUGGGGCAUUAGAGCCAAUAGCCAAAGCCUAUGCUAAAGAAUUGGCAGCACGUGGCGUCUGCAUCAUUCUGCUCAGCCCGGACAUGAGCAGUGCCAGUGACGUUUCCAAGAGCGUAUCCGAAGCCUAUGGUGUGGAGGUCAUCGUGGUAGAGGCUGACUUCAGUCUGGGUCACGCCGUCUCCAAAUCAGUAACGGAUAUCAUUAAGGACAAAGACAUCGGUUUUAUCAUAAACAGUCUGGAUGUGUCUUUGUUCAGCUCUCAGUGCUUCUCAGGCCUGUGUGAAAGCAGGCUCUGGGACUCUGUGAGUAGAGACCUCGUGGGUGCCACACUGGUGACCCGUCUGGCUCUCCCUGGCAUGACAGCGAGAAGGAGGGGUGCUGUUGUGAACAUUUCAUCAGGAACACAUUGGAGGCCUUCUCCAGCAGGGGCUACCCUGUCUGCAUCCACGGCUUACUUAGAUAGUUUCAGCUGGGCACUGCACUAUGAGUAUGGCCCCCAGGGCAUCUUCGUGCAGAGUCUGCUCCCCUGUGGUGUGGUCUGCCCGGGCCCUGAGGACCCUGAUAGAGCAGAGGGAGGCAGUUGGCUGGUUCCACACGUACAAGUGUAUGCCAGGCACGCUCUGUCCACUCUGGGCGUCACUCGCCGAACCACUGGGUACUGGCCUCAUACAAUACAGUUUGGACUUGUGCGGAGUCUGCCAGACUGGGCCUGGGUGUUGGCAUGGCGUGUGUUCAGCAGAACCUAAGCAAACUCCUUUACUCCUAAACACAAGUGGAUUUGGUGUUACGUGAUUGUUGGAGACAGCUGUUUUGGCCCACAUAGACACUUUGUCAUGGUAUCUGAAGUGGGUACAUAACUUUAUUCACAUCCUUAUCAUAUUAAAUUAGGACAAGUGUGUGUGAUUGAAGACAGUUUUCUAAGUGUUUUUUAUGGGCAAAUAUUGGAUUGAGAUAGAGCUGACAGAUAAAUAAGCUUCAUAAUAAUGAUAUGAGAUGUUGAUAUGCUGGAAUAUAUAAAAAGCAUUCUUCUGUU